AUGGAUAUGGAAUUGGGAACUGUGCAUGCUACGAAGAGUCAAAGUGAGUUUGCUUGGGCGGAGACUGGGCGGAGUAUGGCAACAAGUAAGAAGAGUGGUAGUUCGCUCAGUCGCGAUGCUCAAGACCUUGCUCGGGUUGGGAAAAAAGAUGUCUUGAAGCGACGAUUUGGUUUAACGAGUAUCAUUGGGUUUACUUGUAGUUUGAUGCUGACAUGGGAGGCAAUUAUGAUGAACCUAAGUCUGGGACUUAUGGAUGGAGGACCUGCGGGUCUUGUCUAUGGAUAUAUCGGGGUAUGGCUUGGGUUCAUCAGUGUUGCCAUUGUCAUGGGGGAAUUGGCAAGCAUGAUGCCAUCAGCCGGCGGACAAUACCACUGGACGAGUAUUCUUGCUCCAAAGUCCACGAAGAAAUUCCUGAGCUACAUCACCGGUUGCGUUUGUAUCUUCGCAUGGACAUGUGCCCCAACAGCGGCAAUCUACCUUGCUGGUAGUGUUCUUCAAAGCACUAUAGCAACAAACAACCCCCAAUAUGACCCCAAGGGAUGGCAUGUCACACUUAUAAUGUGGGCAAUCUUGGCCGUCUGCACAGUUAUGAAUACGUGUCUGGGGAUGGUGUUGCCAGUCGUUGAAGUUUUCAUUCUUAUAGUUCACAUCUUUGGCUUCUUCGCAGUCUUGAUUCCUCUCUUAUACCUCGGGCCCCGCUCCUCGGCAUCGUCUGUCUUCUCGACAUCAUGGGAGAUGGGUGGAUGGGACGAUGUUACAUUGGCCACAUUUAUCGGAAUGAAGGGCGCCGUUGCAGCUUUUCUAGGAACCGAUGGCGCUGUUCAUAUGGCCGAGGAAGUUGCAAAUAGUAGCACAGCCGUACCUCAGUCUAUGCUUGCUGCCAUUAUCAUCAAUGGAGGGCUGGGCUUCGGGGUUUUGCUUGCUUUCCUAUUCACUGCUGGCGACAUCCAGGGAAUUCUUCAAUCCAGUUCUUCAUACCCAUUUAUCGGUAUUCUGGAAAAUGCCACCGGUAGCAAGAGCUGUGCGGUUGUACUCUCAAGUAUGGUUUCCGCAUUGCAGAUUUGUGCUGGACUCGCUGGUAUCUCAUCAGGUGGCCGUAUGCUAUGGGCCUUCUCGCGUGAGCGAGCUAUCCCAGGUUGGGAAUGGAUCAGCCAGGUUCAAAAACGAGUUGGAAUCCCAUUCCACAGCACAUGUGUGAUUGUGGUUGCAGCUGGUCUACUUAGUCUGAUCAACAUUGGAUCUUCAGCGGUACUCAACAUCAUUAUAUCUUUGGUACUUCAGGCAUUUUUCUCCUCAUAUAUUCUUUCCCUCUCUUUGAUCUUAUAUCGGAGAUGGAAGGGAGAUAUUGCGGAUUCUACUCAAAAUACCACCAAUGAUGCUAUGGUUUGGGGCCCUUUCCGACUAAAAGGCUGGCUUGGAAUCAUGAACAACAUUUUCGCUAUUAUUUUCUCCACGGUUAUGAUGUUCUUUGGUUCCUGGUCAACUACCAAACACCCUAAGCCUGAAGAGGUGAACUAUAGUGUUGCUAUCUUUGUUGGAGUGACUCUUCUGUGUACUGGAUACUACUUCGGCUGGGCAAGAAAGCACUAUACGGGACAUGUAGUGGAAGCAUAA